AUGAAAUUUAAUUCACGACAUGUAUCCCAGAGAUGGGUGAUGGCCGUGAUGGGGAUGUUGGGCGUGACGAUGGCGUACGUGAUGCGGGCGUGCCUGGGCAUCACGCUCACGCAAAUGGUGAAGUCCGUGCAGGUGCAGGGCCGGCGGAGUGAUCCUCUGACGGCCGUGCAACACGACUACUGUCCGUUGCCGGGGACGACGGCUCAGGGGCGUCUGCACUCGUCGGAUGCGUCCAACCGGACGUCAGUGGAGGCCACGGCGACGGCACAGGGGCACGUGCAGGGCGACCGCCGGAGGUUUGACUGGGACGAAGAGACACAGGGUGAGGUGCUGUCGGCGUUCUACUACGGUUACAUACUCACGCAUGUUCCCGGUGGUGUGCUGUCCCAGAAGUACGGCGGCAAGCACACCAUGGGCAUCGGCAUACUAUGCACUGCCAUAUUCACGCUGAUGACACCGUUUGUGGCACACAUUGGGUCCAGGCCGCUGGCUAUCCUGCGAUUUGUCGAAGGACUUGGUGAAGGCAUGACGUUUCCGGCGCUUUGCACACUCCUGGCGCAGUGGGCGCCCCCUGAAGAAAAAGGGAAGUUUGCCACGCUGGUAUUCGCAGGUGCGCAAGUCGGUAAUAUUUUGUCCAAUUUGUUGAGCGGGUUCAUCAUGCGGUACAUACCCGGUGGUUGGCCAAACGUCUUUUACUUUUUCGGCAUUGUUUCAAUCAUCUGGUUUCUACUCUGGUGCAUGUUCGUAUACAACGAUCCAAAUUCCCACCCAUUCAUCUCGGAUGAAGAGCGGGCCUACUUAAAAAAAUCCAUCGGUAGACUAGAGAGGAAGAAGGAUCUGACGCCUACACCGUGGAAAUCCAUACUAACCUCUGGGCCAGUAUGGGCACUGAUCAUUGGUGGAGCAGGACACGACUGGGGCGCUUUUACUUUAAUCAGCGAUCUUCCCAAGUACAUGAGUGAUGUUUUACACUUUUCCGUGACUGAAAACGGUUUGUUGUCGUCAAUCCCAUUUUUCGCCCAAUGGGUCACAUCAGUUGCUGCCAGUAUACUAGCCGAUCGCCUAAUAAGUAGAGGAUCAAUGAAAGUCACUCACGUCAGAAAAAUAUAUGCCAUUAUAGGAAAUCUUGGUCCCGCUCUGGGAGUAAUGUGUGCUUCAUUCGUUGGAUGUAAUAAAAUUAUUGCAACAUUGUGUUUUACCUUGGGCGUGGCCCUCAUGGGAUUCUGUUAUCCUAGCUUACGUAUUAAUUCACUUGACUUGUCACCCAAUUAUUCACCUACUCUGAUGGGAUUGGUAAAUGGUAUUGGGUGUUUGUCAGGAAUGGCCACUCCAUAUAUCGUAGGAAUCCUCACACCAAAUAGAACCGUUUUAGAGUGGCGUUUGGUAUUUUGGAUCAUGGUGAUAAUCAUGAUGUCAACAUCUAUAAUAUUUGUUUUUUGGGGAUCUGGGGAAGUACAGCCAUGGGAUGACAUAAAACAGUACCGUCUAAGCGAAAAUGAAAAAGAUAAUAAAGAUGAUGAAUCAAAUGUAAUACAAUUGAAAUCAAUAGAUGAUGAGAAAACAUCAAAAUAG